GCUGCAUGACGUGCUGAUGGAGAUUCAGAAGCAGCAGCUGCAGCAGCUCUUCUCCUGGUUGACACUCAUGGAAGAACGCAUUCAGAAGAUGGAGACUUGUCCCCUGGAUGACGAUUUACAAUCCUUGCAAAAGCUGCUAGAAGAUCAUAAAAGCUUGCAAAAUGAUCUUGAGGCUGAACAGGUGAAGGUAAAUUCAUUAACUCACAUGGUGGUGAUUGUUGAUGAAAACAGUGGUGAGAGUGCCACAGCUGUUCUGGAAGAUCAGCUACAG